GUUGCUAGCGCCCCCCUUUUUGUGUUUCCCUCACUGUCAAUCAAAAUAGAAAAAAAUCGACCCGAAUUCACCGAUCAACACAAGCCCGCCUUUGAUAAAAGAUAAUCAUGUUCGGAGUUUAGUUGAUCAGAUAAUCUUUCGAUUAUUACCAUUCACGAUAUGACUGGUACAUAACAUUUAACCCAUCAACCAACCGCGCCAGAGCAACAUUUGAAACAAGAGGAAAUGGCUACCGCGGACGUGGAAGGCAGUCAAAGCGAAUUCCUACAGCACGGCGGAGCCUCGGAAAACCAGACCACAGACAUGACCGCCAUCCAGCUAACAGGUUCAGACCGUUGGGAGUUGUUAACCCCGGUCUCUACAGGGAAGGAUGCGCAGCAGGGAGUCGUCCACAUUCCUAACUCUGGCAUGAUGACCUCUAACGGCCAGUAUGUUCUCCCUAUCGGGAACAUGGACAGUCAGCCCAUCUACGUCACAGCAUCUGGCAACGACGGCUCAGCCAACGGAGUGUCCAGCAUACAAUACCAGAUCCACAACUCCGAUGGAACUCUGGCAGGCUUCUCUGCGCAGGGAUUGGACGAUGGCUCGGGCCAAAUCCAGCUCAUCCAGGACGGUAGCCACGGCAAUAUCGGAAUCAGCGUCGCCACAACAACAACCUCUGACCUCCUAACGCAGGCUGGGCAUAUGCAGCAGAUUCAGAGCGUGUCAUUGGCCGGGGGCACGACCUAUAGCGGCGCGGUUCCCAUGGGGCUGUCGGGGGGUAACAUAACUUUCCUCCCUAUCAACAGCAUAGACCUCGAAUCACUAGGGCUUGCCGGUGCUCAGACGGUUCCCAUAGCAACGACGACCGACGGUCAGCUGAUCAUGGGCAGCCAGGCGCUGGAGGGGCCGGAAGGUGGAGCCAAACAGCUAGCGACCCUAGUUAGUGAAGCUAACGGUAACCCAGACCUCUACGUGCCAACAACCUCAUCAUCCCAGCUGCCUGAGACCAUCGACGGGACGGGGGUACUGACCCAAGCUACUGCCGUGUCCGCCGGGGUUUCAGACGCAUCCCCAGAGAACUACAACUCCCACAACCACCUGCAGCAAAUACAGGUGUCCACCGCUAAUGCCUCGUCCUUCUCCCAGCCCAUCCUACAGCUGUCGGGGGACAACCAGGGGGCCCAGGGACAGGAUCUAUCCCAGUCUGGGCAGACGCUCCAGAGUGUCCAGCUCGUCAACCCUGGAACCUUCCUCAUCCAGGCCCAGACAGUCACUGCUUCGGGACAGAUACAGUGGCAGACCUUCCAGGUCCAAGGGGUCCAGUCUCUGCAGGGCCUCCAGCUCCCCCAGGCCCAGGGGGGCCAGCAGCUGACUCUGGCCCCAGUCCAGGGCCUCUCUAUGGGUCAGGGAGGAUCCAUCACCCUGCCUAACCUCCAGACUGUUACAGUCAACUCUAUAGGACAGCCAGGGAUACAAUACACACAGGGAGAGGAGGCCGGCAGUCCUGCAGGUAGGAACAUGCAUACGUAUACACAUACAUACAUACAUACAAACCCCAUCUUUCUAUUUCUUACUUUGUCUCUCUCACACACACACACACACACACACACACAACUAUCAGGCAUCCAGAUAAAGGAGGAGCCAGACUCUGAAGAGUGGCAGCUGAGUGGUGACUCCACCCUCAACCCCAGUGACAUCAACAACCUGCGUGUCCAGAUGGAUGACGAAGACAUGGACAUGUCCACCGGGGAUGGCAAGAGGUUGAGGAGAGUCGCCUGCACCUGUCCCAACUGUAAAGAGGCUGGAGGGAGAGGGUCGAGUCUUGGUAAGAAGAAGCAGCAUAUCUGUCACAUCGUGGGCUGUGGGAAGGUGUACGGUAAGACUUCUCACCUCAGGGCUCACCUCAGAUGGCACAGCGGAGAACGGCCCUUCGUCUGCAACUGGAUGUUCUGUGGCAAGCGGUUUACCCGGAGUGACGAGCUACAGAGACACAGACGGACACACACGGGAGAGAAGAAGUUUGUGUGCGCACAGUGUUCAAAGAGGUUCAUGCGUAGCGACCAUCUGGCCAAACAUAUAAAGACUCACCAGAAUAAAAAAGGUGUGGCUUCCUCCUCAUUGUCUCCGCCCCCCAGCGACACCAUCAUCACCGCAGACGGAACCACCCUCAUCCUUCAAUCAGCUGCUGGCGGCCACGACCUCCUAGGCAAUCAGGAGAUCCCUCUGCAGCUGGUCACCGUGGCGCCCGGUGAGGUCAUGGAAUGAGGACGUGGCUUAUAGACUGGCCAAUAAACAGGGACCGUGUGGGCUUUUUUUCUCCCCCCCUUUGUUUUUUGUUUUUUUAUUGAUUUUUUUUAUAUAUGAAUAUAUAUACGUAAAUAUAUAUGACAAAUAUAUAUAUAUUUUAAGUAAGAGUUAUCAUGACUUUAUGUUUGUUAUUUGCAGUCUUUUUAUAGGCAGGCAAACAAAUUACAUUCAAUGUUGUCACUAUGUACACACACAGACACACACACUCUCGCAAACAUGAAUACUCACUACGAAAUGCCUUAUUUUGUAUCAUACUGUUGUAUAAAAUGCUGGAGAUGCAUGUGUUUUUUAAGCUUUUUGCAGAUCAUGUAAUUGUGUUAGGAUGCAGGGAAUAGGAAAAGUGUAGUAGCCCUCUCUCUAGAGCGAUUGAUUGAAUAAUUGAUUAUAUUGAAUCAUCGGUCGCUUUCUCUAGAGAGUGUGGGUGUCUGUGUAUUGAGAGAGACUACAGGUGGCUUCAUUAACUCUUCACCUGAAGCGACAAGCAUAACACCCUUUUAAGACCUUGUGAACACUGUCAUAGCCAUGAUAUAACACUUUUUUUUUUUUACAUUUUUAUUAUAGAACACUAUGACAGCGUUUAUAACAACCAAUAUCUGCAUAAUGUCAGACCUUUGUAAUGUAGUGGUAGAGUUGGGCUUGCACACUGAUUCUCCAACACAUACCUUUGAUUUGUUAACAAUGUUCUGAUCAAUUAAUGUUUGGAUUGAUUGAAACUUUGCUAACCAAUAAAGGUAUGUCUGUGUGGACACUUUUAUUUCCAUGUAGAUUUUUUUCCAGCCCUGUACCCCAUGAAAGUGAUGUGACCUCAUGCUAUUAAAGCUUGUGUCAUGUGACAUGCCCUGUGGUUUCGGGUGAAGCGUUAUUAGCGGUUGGAUUGAUUUGGUGAUAAAAGUUGGCCAUACAUGCAGCUCUAGGGUCAGUUUAGGAUUUAUCCCCCUUAAUGUUUGAGGUUAGGAUUUGGGGGGGUAAGCUGAUCCUAGAUCUGCCUGAAGGAAACGUUGACCCACGGCAGAAUGUUUGGGUCAUCACUCUAGCCAACUCAAGUCAAAUGUGUCUUCAGUUAACUAUUUUUUUUUUCCAGUUUUUUUACUUUUUGUUGUAUAGCUACAUUUUAUAUUCUGUUUCUAUGACUAGCUUAGUUUGGGACUUGUCAGAAGGAAGCAUCUCAGAUCGGUUUCUACCCAUGGAAUUAAAAUUAGUUAAAGGACACAGGUCUGAAAAUCGACUUGAUUUCUCAAUUGCCCACCCAAAAUGGUGACAACAUUUUGAACUUGCCAUUUUUGCAUUUCUGGAACAGUUGAGGUUCACUGACCAGUACAUUGAACAUUUCAUAUGGUACAUCAAAUAUGGCCGCCGGAGCAUGCACCCACUGCAAGACAUUUGGUGCAGUCCAAUUUUCUACCCUUCUCCUGAAGUGUGUACUCGUUCACUCACCUGCAUGGAUUUAAAUGGAGUGGAUUAUGGUGGAAACUUCCUCCAGACAUUUUUCUACCAAUCCACACAUCUGGGUGAGGGGUAGAAUCUGAAUCGCAAUAUUCUGUUCUACUCAUUCUAAUUCUAUUAAGUUUCCACUGCUCUCAGGCUAGUUGCUUCUCAUUGUAAAGGAAACAAUCAUGCCAUUAUUAUUUCUAAAUGUUAUUGUAAUCUUUCCUGUCAGUAUGUGCAUGUCUUAGCGUCCACUUACCUGUAUAUUAUCUUCUAUUCACAUUGUUUAUAGAAGCCAUUUUCUUUAGAUAAAUAAUUUUGUUGUAUCAAAAGCUUAUUUUAAUUGUUUUUUUUAAAAGAAAGUGUAAAAUUUGAAUGUUACUUUUUGUAAAACCUUUUUUCAAAUGGAUCAUAAUUAAAGUCUGAUUCCUUCCAAUGA